UCAGGGAGUGUAGUGAUUGAAAUGAUGGUGUGAUGACUGAUUGUGGGUGUGUCUUCAAUUAUUGAGUUAUAAUGUUGCUAAAAUAUCGUGAUAUAUUUUCCAGUACGCCAGAAAAUAAUAAUGACAUAAAUCUAUCGCAGCGUUUCGUAAAUUCUAGAUAAUAGUAGUGUAAAUCAAAUAUCGGCGUCUGCCCUAGAGUGUAGUGUAGAUCUAAGAGAGUGCUCGAGGCCCUCUCUCGAGUGGCAGACAUGUGGAAUAUGAUGUGCGAUGUGAUGCCCACGAUUUCGGAGGACAGCAUCAGCCAGCGGAGUUCGCAGUUCUCCGGCGAGGACGCCAAUUUCGAGCAGCUGAUGGUGUCUAUGUUGGAUGAGCGCGACAAAUUGAUGGACAGUUUGCGUGAGACCCAAGAAAGAUUAGGUGACACCGAAAUUAAACUCCAGGAAGCCGAAAAGGAACGAGACUCUUUGCACCGACAGAUUGCCGCCAAUCUUCCUCAGGAAUUUGCCACACUUACCAAAGAGUUAAAUCAAGCUAGGGAACAUCUUUUGGAGCGGGAAGAAGAAAUUUCCGAGCUUAAAGCUGAACGGAAUAAUACAAGGCUGCUGUUGGAGCAUUUGGAAUGUCUAGUUUCCAGACAUGAGCGAUCCCUUCGUAUGACUGUUGUCAAACGUCAGGCGGCGGCACAAUCUGGAGUCUCGUCUGAGGUAGAAGUACUUAAAGCAUUGAAGAGUCUUUUUGAGCACCACAAAGCAUUAGACGAAAAGGUUCGAGAACGUUUGCGAGUCGCUUUAGAAAGGAAUACUUCCUUAGAAGAGGAAUUAGCACUUACCAAAGAAGAAUUGACACAAUACAAAUCAGGAGCAGUGCCUUCUACACAAAAUCAUUUGGAAGAAAGAACAAAAGAAAAUGGACAGCCAGAACCUAGUGAAAACCCAAUACCAAAUAAGACUAAUGAAAUUAGUUCGUGGCAAAGGAGGGUAGCGGAGUUAACAAAUAGAAUUGGUGAAAUGGAAGAGAAUUUAUCAAAAGCUCAAAAAGAAUUGUUAAAAUCACAAGAUACUUGCUCGAAACUUCAGCGUGAUUUACGAGAGAAUGUCGCCCAGAAGGAAGAUCAGGAAGAAAGAAUAGCAACAUUAGAAAAACGUUAUCUAAAUGCACAGCGGGAGUCAACAUCACUGCACGAUCUCAAUGAGAAAUUGGAACAAGAAUUACAACAUAAAAUUGCACAACUGAAGUUGCAAGAAGAGAAAAUAGCAGCUAUACAAGAAAAAUUAGAGCUAUCUGAACAAAAAUUAGCACAAUUUUCGAAACUUCCAGAAAUGGAGGAGCAACUUAAAGCUAGAAUGGACGCGCUCACCCAGGUGAGGGGACAGGCUCAGGAAAGACAUGGCACUGCAGAAGAUCGCAUACAAAGACUAGAAGCCAAUUUGGAAGAAAAAAACGCUGAAUUGGUGAGGUUAAAUCAGCGCCUAAAAAUGAAUGAAGAACAUAACACUAAGUUGUCGACAACUGUCGAUAAACUUUUGUCAGAAUCAAACGACAGAUUGCAAGUGCACUUAAAAGAAAGGAUGCACGCCUUAGACGAAAAGAAUAUUCUUACCCAAGAAUUAGAAAAAGCACGUAAGAUUGCAGAAGAAUAUCAAGCGGAAAAGACGGAAAUUAUGAAAGAAUUAGCCAAAUCGCAUUUAGAAAUUGAUAAUAUUAAAAGACAAAUGUUGCAGCAAGAAAUAGCAUUUAACAUCCAACAGACGGACGCAUUGACUCGUAGCCUUUCGCCGAAUGCAGUUGUCGACCCUAAAUCAUUUGCGAGGAGUGAUAGUAGAACUAGUUUUGACACUCAUUCGUUAUCCCGACGAGUCAAUAAGCCUAGGCCUGGUUUGGAAGACGACUCGAACAAGCUACCGUUCGGCGCUCGAACAUUGGCGGAGCAGGAAUGGGAAAAAUUGCAACAGGCACAUGUUUUAGCAAAUGUUCAACAAGCGUUCGAUGUCUCGAGCGACGCAGAAGCGGAUGACAAUGAAAGCUUAUUCAGCGCUACCGAUAUCCUGUCGCCGUCUGGACACACGGACGCGCAGACACUAGCGAUGAUGCUUCAAGAGCAAUUGGACGCCAUCAAUAAUGAAAUCCGAUUGAUUCAAGAGGAAAAGCAAAGCACAGAGGCACGAGCGGAGGAGUUGGAAUCGCGUGUUGGUAGUCUGGAACAUAUGAAUUUGCUGAGUCGCGGGCGCAGUGUGGAGCGUCAAUCGCCACCCGUAAGCGGACGCUCUACACCUAAAUCACACCAUUCACCUAAUCGGGAUUACUUACACAAAUACCACACGGCUCCUGCAUCAAUGUCUCCUGCUCACCUGCAUCAAUAUGCAGCAUCAUUAAGCCCUGGACAAUUAUCCGAGUCCCUUCCUUCUAGUCAGUUACAAUUGGCUCCUCUGAGCGCGGAUGUAUCCAGGGAGGAACUGCACGCGAUGGUUGCAGGUGCUGAUAGCAGUUCUGGCGGAACUUCUCCACUUACAGCGCGGUCGCUUCGGUUAGAACGUGUAGCGCAGGCGUUGGCGUACAGUCAAGAAGAAUUGAGAAGGCCGAACAACCAGAUGGCUUACAUGACAACGACACCAUCACCCAUGUCCUCUCGUCACAGCAGCCAAGACUCGUUGCAUCGGCACAACAAUAUGGCCGUGCACACCCCCAUGUCGGCCCAUGGUCACGCUUAUCCGCACCUGAGGGAGUCGGCGGUCAGCGCCGCACAGAAGAAGAAGGGCAUCAAGAGUUCACUUGGCAGAUUCUUCAGCAAGAAGGAAAAGGUGAAAGGGAAAGAUUCAGGGAUGCCAGGAGAUGGUUCAUUAAGUAUGAACUCCAUGAGUGGUUUAUCAUUGGCUGGAUCAACCAUCGGAGAAGACAAUGUGGAUGCAAUGAGUAAUUCAGGGAAAGUUACGCAACAGAAGGCAGAUUAUGGAAGGCAGAAAAAGAAAGAGCAUGACUAUAGACAUGAACUGUUAGCUGAAGCUAUGAAAGCUGGCACGCCAUUUGCCUUGUGGAACGGGCCGACGAUAGUUGCCUGGUUGGAACUGUGGGUGGGAAUGCCCGCUUGGUAUGUUGCUGCAUGCAGGGCUAAUGUAAAAUCUGGAGCGAUUAUGAGCGCCUUGAGUGACACGGAAAUUCAGCGAGAAAUAGGCAUAAGUAACCCUCUACAUAGGCUGAAAUUACGUUUAGCAAUACAAGAAAUGGUAUCUUUGACUUCACCGUCAGCUCCUCAGACAUCGCGCACAACAUUAGCCUUUGGCGACAUGAAUCACGAAUGGAUAGGCAAUUAUUGGCUUCCUGGUCUUGGUUUACCUCAGUACAGAACUACGUUUAUGGAAUGUCUUGUGGACGCAAGAAUGCUAGACCAUUUAAAUAAGAAAGAUUUGCGCGGACAGUUAAAAAUGGUCGAUAGUUUUCAUAGAACUAGUCUUCAGUAUGGUAUUUCAUGUUUGAAACGACUGAACUAUGAUCGCACAGCGCUAGAGGAAAGAAGAAAAAUGACAGAGACUAUGGUGUCUGAUGUCUUAGUCUGGAGCAAUGAACGUAUAAUAAGAUGGAUUAGUAGUAUUGGGUUAAAAGAAUUUGGAAAUAAUUUACUCGAAUCUGGGGUUCAUGGUGCUUUGAUUGCUCUAGAUGAAAGUUUUGAUGCUAACAGUAUGGCCUUGGCAUUGCAGAUACCAACACAAAAUAUACAGGCUCGUCAAACAUUAGAGGUCGAAUUCAAGAAUUUGCUGUUAAUGGCAACAGAUAGAAGAACUGAUGCUGACCUAGUGAAAUCUUGAUAUCAGAGUGGAGCUACUAGUCCAUGUCCUGUCACAAGAAGGGCACCCUCACAGGCUCAGUAAAUAUACUCAUACUACUUACAGCACUAAACCAAAACUAACUAACUAUUGGUAUCCAAUAGUCUUAAAAUAAGAUUAAACAAAAUUUUCUUCAGAGAUGGAGCAAUCGCUGAAUGAUAUGAUCGAAAUAUGGAGAUAUUGUGUGAUAGAUUUGAUAAUAGUUUCUUUAAAUAUAUAAAAUAAAAGAAAAAAAAUAAUUUUCCACACAUAAGAGUGCUGGUAUUGUUUGCUGGCUUAUCAUUUUUGCUAAUUUGAUUUUCGGUAAAUAAUACAGGAAUAUCACAUUAAUACGAAUGCAGGGACCAAAAUCUACUUUGAUGUAGAGUGUUACAAAAUAGCGGAGCUUUGCGUUCUGAGGAACAAGUGGAAUUUCAAUUCAGCGGCCACCUAAGUUAAAUUUUGAGCAGCUUUUAGUCAUAGUGUUAUGAUUAUAUUGUAUAUAAUCAUAACAAUUGAUUUUUACAAUACAUACAUAUAUUACAUAUUUUAUGAUUUUUAUGUUAUUGUUUUAUUAUGGAAUAUUUAUAUGGCUUAAAUGUUAAUACCUUUUUUAUUCUUGGUGAAAUUGCUCUCUCUAAUGAGUGGUGUGGUUGCAUAUUAUAUGUAAUUAAAGUAUGGACAUCUCGAUUCAUGUUUUAUUUUAAAUGAAGCACAAAAUUUGAAUUUGUUAUCG